AUGUUGGAAGUCAGCGGCAGACGAGUAGGGGAGGUUGGCGACGGUCCGCUCAUUCCUCUCACCUACUGUGAUGAAAAUGACAUCCACAAGAAGCUCGAUCUCUGCCCGGACACGACCAAUGUUCAUCAAGCUUUGAACAUCCUUGCCAGGUUCUGUGGAUUGCGCUGGUUCCUGAGUGAACAUCGGAAGGAGGCUGGAGGCUUGCCCCCAGCCGAAGAUGUUGAAAGAUGGAAGCUGCAUGGCUCAGACCUAGAUGAUUUGCCAGUUGAGCGGGAGAAGUCCUCGACCAAGCUUCCUCAUUGUUCCACGAGCAAGUCUUCCGUAAGGGGUCUCGUCUACUGA